AUGCGAUUAUUUAUACUGGUACGACCAUACAUAUGUCCGUGGGAUGAGAGCAUGUCACGAGCAGUAUGUUUAUUGAAUUUAUUCCUGCCGACUUGUAUGGAGCAAGAAAUGCAUAGGAAAUACGGCGCCAGUUUAUGGUUUGAUGAAAUGUGGCAUUGGUUUACUGCACUCGAAACAAAUUCAUCGUAUGAAUCCAAGAUGGAAGGACUAUUAGCUCGCUUAGCACGUGAAUGCCCUGGUUUGAUCAACUGGCAUGACAAAUACGAUAUAAUAAUGACACGAGUAUUGCGAGCAUUAAAUUUGGAAAUAGGACAAGGUACUGAACGAGUAAAUAUUUGUUCAACUACUUCGUUUCAUCUUGAUCAUGCUGCUAUCUGGUUAGCUUAUAUGCUUGGCGGACAAAAUAAUGGAAUCCAGAACCAUCUUACCCGUCUUUUUCGUUCGCUGGAAUCUUAUUUUCAUCCUUCGAAUUAUGGUCAUCAUUCCAUUACAAUACUUCAUUUCUUGUUGAGACUGGUGAAUUCCGUUUGCAGUAGAUUACACAAGGAACGACACCAGAAACCUAGUUGUCAUCCGCAGGUUCCACCAAAUCUUCGUUUAACAAACGCACAAUUGGAUGAGUUUGUGGAAUCUGUACUGCCAUGUGCUAAGCUUGCACUAUUUGCAAAGUACAAAAUGGAGUACGCGCCAGCUAUAAUUCGUAAUCUGUCACAAAUUGCACCACGAAUCGUUGUACCAGCGGUUCUUGAUUUAGUAUAUCCUGCACUAGAGACAGUAGUUGAACCACAUCGUCUGGUACAGUCCAUGAAUGCGUUAAUAGCAGUUUGCGUUACACUAGUUCGUGAUGAUUCUAAUUUGGGCAACCGCAAACGUGCCCCGUUACAUGCAAUGGAAGAACUUUCCGAUAAGCCAUACCGCAGUCAUGCUAUCGCGCUUCUUAAUUCAGUUUUACCCGGUCUGGAUGCCAAUGAUAUCUCAAAGAUGCUGCUUACAUUUCAAAUCAUAAAUUUGCUCAUAACAUUGGUACCCAUUGUUGAUUGCUCAGAGGCUAUUCAUGUAAGAGAUGAUUUGACUGAAGAAGAACAAGAAGUCUGUUCGGCAACAGCAAAUUUCGAAACAAUUGUGGAAAAUCUUUUGGAUAAGAUGAUAGAGAUAAUUCAUGUUUUUACGGGAGGUGCACCAACUGUAACAACAGUGCAGGGUUCAUUGGGCGCUAAAUCACAAUCCAAAUUAUCGGUGGAAGAAACGGUGAUAAAACGAGGCAUAUUUUCCGUAUUCCGUGCUCUACUUGGUAAUUGCAGCACACCAAUUUAUAAAAUCGCCAUCGAUAAAUUAUAUAAUUUCAUUUCGACAAAUAUGUAUGAUAGCCGAUUAGCUGCGGAUACUGUUUCAGAAAUGAUUUUCUGCGCUGUUCGAACAAAUCCACCGGAAUCGCUGGAUCUAUUCUUAGAUCUCAUUAUAGAGAAAUUGGUUCCGUUGAUAACAGAAGAAGCAUAUGACGAGGAAGAAUUGGAUUCCACAAUGGUAUGGUAUAUUGUUUUGGCCUCUCAACUUUUUAGAGUAUCAGGAAUGCAUAUUGUAUCGCACAAAAAAAAAAUAUUGAGGCUGUUGCGAAUGAUUGUGCCCUUGACAUGUCGGGCGGCAUGUGAGCUGUCAUGCAAUGCAUUGGAAUGCAUGUUAGCGGGUUUAACAAGUAUAUACACUGAUACAAGUGAACAGAGACGUGAGAAGCUCGAUCAACCUUUUGAAAAAUACCUUUCGAUAAGAGACUGGGCGAAAGUAGUGGACAAAAAAACUUUCCAACUGAAAUGGCAUAUACCAACCGAAAAGGAAUUUAAUCUGGCUUACAAUGUGCUGGACGAAUUUUUCUAUCCAGAAUUAGAAAAAUUAACAAAUGCAGAUUCUCUUUCUAAGACAGAAAUGCUGAAAUCUUUGGAAAUAGUAGGUAGUUGCUUGGCUGGUAUAUCAGCUGCACUGCCACCCCUUGGUGGAAAAUUGAUACCGUUGACGGAUUCACCAGUGAGAGUCUAUCCUUUUCAAUUUGUCGCUGCUCCAAGUUAUAUAAAAGAGAUGACGUACAAUGGGACGAAUCUACGAGAUUUUGUAUUGAAACGAGUAAAAAGUGUUGCUGAAUAUUUAAUACAAAAUCGAGAAAAUGACACGAAGUCUUUGUCUGCUGUAUGCAAAAUUUUACACAUUCUCAUUUUUCAGCGUGGAAUCGAUCGAAUAAAAUUCGAUUUGCAAAACCAAAAUUAUAUACUUUCAAAAAGAAUUGUUGGGGACACGGUACAGGGGAACAAAGCAAACAUAGAUCUGGUCACUACCGAAUAUCUUAUGCUGCAACAUCAUAAGCGAACAUUGACGCGUUCCGGAUAUUAUUUUACCACACAGCAUUUGGAAAUAAUGAAAUUAUUGGUGCGAUUGGGUACAAGUUUAUACAGUGCUACGCGAAUUGAUGCCCAGAGGAUAUUAGAUGGUUGCAUUCAGACAUUUCCUUAUUCAUAUCUACUUGUGCUGGACGAUAUACUCGCGUUUUUCAAGGAAUCACCUGAUAUAUCCCAUGAGCAAUUUAAAGGUGCAUUAUAUAUGCUUUUAAACGGAAAGAGAUUGGCCAUUUGUGUUCGACAAAAUUGGAGUACAUUGUUGCGGGUUUGGCCAGCACUUAUUGAAGCGCAACAUUCCGAAAAGCCUUCCGUAAUUGGUCUGUUGGAAUUAGCUCAGAACACUCUUGUUGAUAAUUUCGAAUCAUUCCAGAUCAACUUUUGGUUGCCGGAUGAACCGGUUGCUGCUGCGCGAGAAUUGUAUGCUGCAGGCGGCGGUGAAAAUAUACAUCAACCGGCAUGGCCACUGCCUACUGAUGAAGAAAUUGAGGCUGCCGUUAGAAGAGAGAAUAUUGCAUGCAAAGAAAAAGAGAAAUUGUAUUAUUCACUUUGUGAUCGUUUGGUUGCGCUCAGUACGGAUGCAAACCUUCAUUGGCGACAUAUUGACAUGGCACAGUCUUUACUUUCGUUGCUCAUCAGACGCGAUAUGCCUUUUCCACCAGAUGCUGUGAAGUUGUUUAUUCGAUUACUUGUAAACGAUACUGUUAAAUCAAGACGUAUGGCAACUGGAUUAAUAGCUGCCUGGUUGCGUAUUACAAAACCGCAAGCUAUAAAAAUACCUUUCGAAAAUUCAGUUAAAGAAGAAAAUAUUGGUCCUGGUGCAGAAUGGCCCAUAAAGUAUGGUUUUCGAAUGGACAAUGUAAUAACAAUGUAUAACAAGGAGAAAUUACCUCAGACGGCAAAAGACUGGAAUACUACAAUUUUUUUUAGCAAAACUCAUUGGGGCUUCUAUACUUGGCCAAAGAUUUUGAAAGUCCAUGCGCCAGCAAAUGAACAGAAGGCGAUUAAUCGUAAACUGGAAGAAUUGAAUGAAAUUGAGCGUUUCGUUGUGGAAAUAUUUUAUGAUGAUGAAUUUUCGGAAAAAUUUCGCCAAUAUAUGAGUGUUGAAGAAAAAAAGGGCGAGGAAGCAUUCGAUCCCAUUGCUUUCGGUUUAUUUUACGGCAUAUUUCGGAAUUAUAACGAUCUUCUGCUUCCAAUUUUUAAGAAACAUUUGGAAAUUUUGCUUUCAAGUGAUAAGGAAGGUGACCAGCGAUUAGCAUCCGAAAUGGUUGCAGGACUGUUGAAUGGCAGUAAACUUUGGACGUUCGAGAAGAUUUCAGCAAUGUCGAAAUGGCUCAAACCUUUAAUAAGCAGUUGCUUGGAAACAGUUAAAACUGAAAAUGUCAAGAAUUGGGGAACAGCUAUUGCGACAGUUUUCGGUUCGGUUGAUCCGAAGGCGCUUUCGUGGUUCAUUGAAAUGCUUUUUGAAUUGUGCAUGAAACCAACGGACAGCAGCUUUCAUGCUACUACGCGAAUGUAUUUUGUGCAGGGAGCUUUAAAUCAGUGUGAAUGGCGAGUAACAGAACUAUGGAAUCAGCUUUUUCGAAAAUGUAUGCAAACUAUGGAAGAAUCAUAUCAGAAUUUACGUGAGCGUAUUGGUUCCAGUAUUGCCACCAUUGUAUGGUUCGAUCUAACUCAUAUAUAUAUUGAUCCACGAAUCCCGAAAAAAUUUCAUCCAAUGAAAAUUGACAGUGUAAUGGGAGAAAUCAAUAAAAAAUUAGAACUUUUGUGGUCCGAAGUUGCUAUUGCGAAACGAGAUGGUGACAAAAUGAAUAAUGUUUGCACAGACAGCACCAUGGAAAUUAUUAAUAGUGAAGGCAACGGCCGGAAAAAAGUGCCAGCAAUCAUGACAUUUAAAUGUGCUUUAAAUUAUUUAAAUGCACAUUGGGUGCAUUCUUUCACUGCCCUGCCGCCUGCUAUUUUCAAUGUUUUGCCCUUGCUUAUACAUUUUGAAAAUGAAACAAGCGAUGAAGAACUGAAAAACAGUUGUCAUGAUCAGCUGCGCCAAGGAUUGUCACAAACAUUGAUUACUGCAAAGAAUGUAGAAAUGGUUUUGUGUGGCGUUAAAGAGUUAGCUUCAUCUGCUACCUCAUGGUGGAAGCCGAAAGUUUCGCUGCUAAAGUAUUUACAAGUUGCUAUAUUCUCCAAUUUUUUCCUUUUCCUGCAUCAUCGUCCAGUAUUACAAGACAUACUUUGUUCCAUGAUAGUUGAUCCCAAGUUUGAAGUGCGUGAAGCUGCUGCUACAACACUGUCGGGCCUUAUCCAUUGUCACUUCUUCGAUGUGGAUCACCUGAUUAUUGAACGAUUUUACGAUUGGUCUCGGGAAGAAAACGGUACAAAACGACAUGCGGGCGUCUUAGCCCUUUCUGCUAUUGUUCAGGCAUUUCCAUAUACUGUUCCACCUUUCUUACCAAAAAUUUUGAUGCAACUUUGCCGUCAUACUUGUGAUAAACAACCGAUGCAAGAUGCAGUGAAAAAAGCAUUAAGCGAAUUCAAGCGUACUCAUCAAGAUAGUUGGCAUGAACACAAGAUGCAGUUCAGUGAAGAUCAGCUUUCCAUUCUAACGGAUCUGUUCGUUUCACCAAAUUAUUACGUUUGA